CCCGCAGAAGUAAAGUUGCAUAUAAACACUCGACAAAUAUUUGCUCCUUCUCUUCGCCGGCCCUGAACAAAUCGGUGGCUCAUCCCUCCUACACACGGUGGCCGGAGCUAUACACAUUUCAACACUAGCCUCAAAACGCUAGAUCUCCAUCUUAUUGCUUAAAAGCACUCUAAAUUGCCCUAUUCUGUUCAUUUUUUCUAUUGUCAUUUGCACACUGCUAGAUCAUCAGCCGCCCACCCUUGCUUGCUGCACAUUUCGAGUCGCCAUGGCGGCUCGAUCUCUGCUUAUUUUGGUAAUGGCGAGCCUUCUUGUGGGGGAGAGCUUAGAAAUUACAUUCUCGUCGAAGCUGAUUCACCGGUUCUCUGACGAAAUGAAGACGCUUAGGGUUUCGAAGUACGGAAGCUUGAGCAUGAGGAACUUGUGGCCUGAGAAGAAGAGUGUGGAGUAUUACCAGAAGCUCGUGAGCAGUGACUUCCAGAGGCAGAAGAUGAAGCUUGGACCUCAUUACAAUUUUCUCUUCCCUUCCGAAGGCAGCAAAACGAUGUCGCUUGGAAAUGACUUUGGAUGGUUGCACUACACCUGGAUUGAUAUAGGGACACCUCAUGUGUCAUUUCUUGUUGCACUGGAUGCUGGAAGUGAUCUACUCUGGGUGCCUUGCGAUUGCGUGCAAUGUGCCCCCCUAUCUGCAAGUUACUAUAACAGUCUGGAUAGAGAUCUGAAUGAAUAUAGUCCUUCUCAUUCAAGUACCAGCAAGCACCUAUCUUGCAGCCAUCGGUUAUGUGAAUCAGGUCCGAACUGCAAAAGCCCUAAACAGCCAUGCCCUUACGCUAUUGAUUAUUACACAGAAAACACAUCAAGUUCUGGAUUGCUGCUUGAGGACAUAUUACAUCUUGCAUCAGAUGGUGAUAAUGCAUUAAAUGCUUCUGUGCAGGCUGCAGUGGUCAUAGGAUGUGGCAUGAAGCAAAGUGGUGGUUACUUGGACGGGGUUGCACCUGAUGGUCUGAUGGGUUUAGGACUGUCAGAAAUUUCAGUUCCCAGUUUUCUUGCUAAAGCAGGAUUGAUCAGAAACUCUUUCUCAAUGUGCUUUGAUGAGGAUGAUUCUGGGAGAAUAUUUUUUGGUGAUCAGGGACCAACAACCCAGCAAUCUACUCCAUUCCUCACUCUAAAUGGGAAUUACACAACAUACAUCGUGGGAGUGGAGGCCUGUUGUGUUGGCAGUUCUUGCCUUAAGCAGACAAGCUUUAGGGCACUAGUUGAUACUGGCACAUCAUUCACAUUUCUUCCAGAAGAUGUUUAUGAAAGAGUUACUGAGGAGUUUGACCGACAAGUGAAUGUUACGAUCUCCAGCUUUGACGGUUAUCACUGGAAGUAUUGUUACAAAUCCAGUUCAAAGGACUCGCCCAAGGUGCCAUCUGUGAAGCUCAUUUUCCCGUUAAACAACAGCUUUGUGAUCCAUAAUCCUGUUUUUAUGAUCUAUGGCAUGCAGGGAGUUGCUGGAUUUUGUUUAGCCAUUCAACCAACUGAUGAAGAUAUUGGAACCAUUGGACAAAAUUUCAUGACGGGAUAUCGAGUGGUGUUUGAUAGGGAAAAUUUGAAGUUGGGAUGGUCACGCUCCGAUUGUGAAGGUCGAAGUGAUGGCAAGAGGAUGCCUCUUACUUCUCCCAGUGGGGCACCAGCUAACCCAUUACCAACAAAUGAGCAGCAGAGCACUCCUGGAGGACAUGCGGUUUCACCUGCUGUUGCUGGAAGAGCUCCAUCUAAACCAUCAGCUGCCUCAGCCCGGCUACUUACAUCCCAGUUUUGUUUGUUGAAGUCAUUGCUGGUAGUGGUGGUGCUUCAUGUACUUGUUUAGGUUUUUGCCUUCUAUGAAGAUAAGUUUUACUUUUCUUACGGCCGUCUUCUACAUGUAAAUUAAGCUUGUCCUUUUUUAUAUGUAUACAAAGUAUCUGUAGAUCUGUCCUGUGAUCCAAUGCCAUCAGUUUUUUUCCCUCCUUAAUGGCAUGUGGUUGAUCAGGACUUUGGAGGGCGCACACUGCAAUUCAGAUAUAUUAAUGUCUCUUGUUUCUGUUAUCUCCUGUGCCUUACAAUAGCCAUACUUGAAAUGGUUAUCCAUUGUGGCUGAGUUAUUCCACCUUGUA